AUGCCAGGCAUUCUCAAGACCUGGCCACUCUGGCCUGAAUUUACAAAGCAAGCCGAUGCCGACGUCUACUCUCAAGAACCCAGCUUUCUGCGCGCGAAAAAGGAAAUCAUCGAGCAGUAUGGCAAGGAUGCUAUUUGCCAAAGCUGGUUGAAAACCUGCCAGGCUCUUGAGUCAGUGACCCAAGAGCUUGAACAGAAUGGCGCCGACAUGAUCCCGGCGUUUGAAGCUAGCAAAGUCGUCAAUGAAGGCUUCACGGAAUCAGAAAGGGAGCGGAUCAAGAACAUCGGCUGCUUCAUUGUCCGCCAGGUCGUCCCUGAAGACGAGGCCCGGCACCAGUAUGCCAAGUUCCAAGAAUACUUAUCUGCAAAUCAAGACGACGUGACCGGAUGGCCUGCGGACGCCCCCUCAAUGUAUCGUUUAUAUGACUCGCCGACUCAAAUCGCAAUGCGUACGCACCCGAAUCAUCUAAAGGUACAGCAGAGACUCAAUGAGCUAUGGCACGAUGCCUCGGGAGAGACCAGCCCGGAGCCACUUCUCUACUCUGAUGGAAUCCGUGACCGACCACCGCUGCAGCAAUUCCUUGGGCUCCCGCCUCAUAUCGACGCUGGAAGCCUGAGUCGAUGGGCCGACAAGACCUACCGAAACGCCUAUCACCAUAUAUUCUCAGGCAACCCGGAAUUGCACGAUGCGUAUGACCUGAAGGCCCGCAAGGACGCAGAUCAAUACCUUUUCCCUGGCGUGGCUCAUUCUCGCGUCUUUCGCGCUUUUCAGGGGUGGACUGCUCUCACUCCUGCAGCGCCUCGAGCUGGUAGCAUCAUGCUCUUCCCGCAUGUUCGCAUGGCGGUUGCCUACGUACUCCUCCGUCCAUUCUUCAGACCCCCUGAGUCUGGCGACGUGAUGGAUGCAAGCAAGUGGACUUUUGCUCCAGACGAACCCUGGUUUCCUGGUACAUUCUUGCAGCAGAGCCAGCUGUUGAGUCGAUCUUCGCACCCGCAUCUUCGUCUGCAAGAUUGCCUCGUUGCUUCACCGUCCAUGAAGCCGGGAGAUAGUGUCUGGUGGCACUCCGAUAUGAUACACGCGGUCGAUACGGAGCAUCUUGGUGAAGAGAAUGCCGCCGCCGUCUUUAUUCCAGCAUGUCCAACAACGCCUAUUAACAAAGAGUACAUUAAGACACAGAAAGAGGCCUCACUAGCUGGUCGCCCACCACCAGACUACGUGUUUGGUGCCGGGAACUUGAAUGAGACGCUAUUCAAGGGGUAUGAGGGAUUGGAGGGAGUAAGCGAGGAAGCCAAAAAGGCUCUGGGAUUUUAUUCGUGA